UAUAGUCUGCUCUAGUGGUAUUUCUUGCCAAGUGUAUGAUCGUGGAAUUGCAUCGACAGUUCACUCGUUCUACGGUCUUAUGACUGCUGAUUUGCCAUGGCGUCAACUGAUCGACCGUUCUAUCGCCAACUCUGUAGUUUGCGAUCGCGUUAGGGCUAUCGACGUGAUAAUUUGGGACGAGGCAAGCAUGUCUAGCCAGAGGAUGUUUGAACUUGUGAACUGCCUUCACCACGAACUCGAAGAUGAUCAGGUAAGUCGUACCCUACCAUUCGCUGGAAAACAGCUUAUCCUUGUAGGAGAAUUCCUGCAGUUGCAGCCCGUCCCUAACAUAUUUGAUGAAGGGUGUUACAUGUUCGAGUCACCCUUGUUUGAUUUGGCGAUUAGCCAUCGUUUUGCAUUAACUAAGGUGAUGCGCCAAUCUGAAAACGACAAACAUUUCCUAAAUGCUCUUGCUGAGAUAAGGCUGGGUCGGUGUUCAAAAGAUUCUGAGGAAUAUAUUUGUUCCUUGAAGAGAAAUUUGUCUGCAGACGUAGAGGAAAGUACCACGCACAUAUUUUUCCGCAAAAUACCAGUGACACUGAUGAAUAGAAAGGAACUUGACAAAUUACCAGGAGAACUUCUGGUCUACAAUGCAUCAUUUGAAAAUGACAAUUCCAGGAGCAUGAGCUGGCCAGGGGUGGAAGUAUUGCAACUGAAGCGAGGAUGUAAGGUUAUGCUGGUGUGGAACUUGUCAGAAAACCUAAAGAAUGGAAGUGUGGGUGUUUUUACUGGUGCUCGGGGUGACGAUCUUUUGGUUUUCUUUGAGGAUGUUGGUGUGGUGGAGAUUUCCCGGCAGACAUGGAUCAAGAGGAACUUGACAGGGCAAAAAAUGGGAGGCGUCACACAGUUUCCCCUUGUUUUAGCUUAUGCCGUUACCUGCCAUAAGUCUCAAGGGCUAACUCUUGCUUCUGCCAUUGUCCACUGCUCACGAGAGUAUGUUUCCGGUUUAAUUUAUGUUGCUAUUUCAAGAGUAAAAUCUCCUGAACAUAUCCAGAUUCUAGAUUUUAGUCCUCGGCAGCUGUUAAGACCACCAAGAAGAGCAGUAGAAAUUUGCUCCUCGCAACAUCUCGAUGCCCCAGUCGCGGACAUGUCAUGUUGCCGAAACAAAAAUGUCAAUUCUGAUAUUUUUCAUUCCGUUAAAGAUCGAUAUCACGAGUAUGGAGAAGACGAUGAUCCUUUCUCUUUUCCUUCAGAACUGCUGGAUGGUCCUGCAAGAGCGUCAUUUGAAGACGAUGAGGUGGCAAUUCCGAUGGAAUUGAUGGAAGUGUACCGCCAGCUGUUGACACACGAGUCUAUUCUCGCAACUCCCCCUCAAGAAGUUAUGAUGAGCAUCCUGGAUUUAUUGCCAUCCAUGAAAUCAAAUGCUGUCUCCACCUUUUGGGAAGAGAAGAACAAUGCAAUUGAUUGCUUGCUAAGUGAAAGCUCUUUAGAAAAGGUGAAAUGCUUCGCGAAGCUAGUUUGGUUCCAUUAUUACCUAAUGGUAGAAAACCACGUGGUCGAAAAUCCAGACGAGAUUUUAGUUGAAAUUGGCCGUCAAGGGUUUACCGCAGUGACGUCCAGUCUGCAUAAGUUUUUUAUCGGUAUUGAUUUUUCACGGUACGUUUGUGCUUUAUUUGAUGCAACGGCAAGCACGCCACCACAAAGGGCUGUGGCAGUUCAGCUGGCAACUUCGGUGUACCGGAUAUUUUUGGAACAGUUGGUUUCUGUUGUAAAACAGCAACGACAGGAGGAAACCAUCGAUUUUGAUGUUGAUCAAAUGAGUGGAGUAGGUAGAUCAAAAGUACGGCAUGUUGGUGGUUGGGCUGUGAGGAAGGUUCUGAAUCGUUACAGAAAAUACAUUCAAGGAAAUGUGUUUACGAAGUGCAGUUCCACUCUGGCCAGAGUUGAAACCCAGCAGAUAGCUUGCCAAUUACUUGAAGAGAACGUCAUACGACCGUACUCAGAACUGGAAGAAAAUUCAAUGUUUCCUGACACGCUAGAAGUGACAGCUCCACUGAGUCGUGUGUACAGCAAAUCACAGUUGGUUGCACUUUGUGAAGCGUAUAAUGUCAGGGUUUCUGCAAGCUCAACAAAGACAGUUAUUGGUGAAGCCCUGCUGAAUGCUAUUACACAGCACAUAUUUGUUCCAUUUACAUCUCCGGUGGAUGACAGAAUUUUUCAGGUAGCAGAAAGAUCAGAAUCUGACGAUGGACACAUCAGAAUCCGUUUAUCAAGAGGUAAAUGUAAUGACAUUAAUUUAAAUGGUAAUGGUUCUUUUAAAACUACUGACUGCAAGUUAAGUACUUUAUGA